GGGCUCGGUCCUUUGGGGCGCAUGCGCCUUGCGCCGCCCGCCUGGCAGGCGCUGAAAUUCAAAUCUGAAGAGCUCGAACGAGUGGCGGGCGAGGAGCAGACGCGGUGGAGGGAGAAGAAGGAGAGGUGUUUGCUCGCCGUUGGCGGUUCCCGCAGCCAUGGACCCCUUCACCGAGAAACUUCUAGAACGGACACGUGCUAGGAGAGAGAAUUUACAGAAGAAGAUGGGUGGCCGGCCCACAGCAGGAGCACGAUGUACAACACAAACAAAAAGAAACAGAGAACCUUUGUCAGAAGCUGGUAACCAGACACUUCAGUCUAAUGAAGAAGAAAAAUCAAAUACAAAGCCAUCACCAUCCAAAAGACGUUGUUCAGAAAAUGCGGAGGUUCCCAUUUCUAACUCUGAGAAUACACACCCAAAUCACUCUUCUUCCAUAACCUGUGUUCCUCCUGACAUGGAUCCUACUUCUCAUCUGAUUGCUCCUUCCACUGAGACUGAAGAGCAGGAUCUUAAAUCUGAACCACCUGCUGUUGCUUCAGUUAAAACACGUAUGCAAAAGUUGGCUGAACAACGACGCUGCUGGGAUAGUGAUUUAUCUGAAAGUUCCAGCAUGUCUCCCAUCCAAUCAAAAGAAUCUGUCAGUUCCCCGCCUAAACAACUACCUCUUACAACAGACACCCCAAUAGGGCGAAGAGGCCGUCUAGCUGACCUUGCUGUUACAAUUGGUUCCUGGGAAGAUGACCUAAGUCAUCCAUCUGCAAAGCAAAACAAUACACAAGAACAGCCUGGUACUGCUUGUUUAUCCAAAUUGUCCACUACGAGUGGAGCAUCUGCUAGAAUCAAUAGUGGCAGUGUGAAGCAGGAUGCUGUGUCUUGUUCGCAAAGGGCUGUUGAGUCAUCUGUGAAUAAGUCAGCAACCUCUGAGAUAUUGGGAGCUAACAGUUCUAUAAAAAAUAACUCAGGAAUAAUUAGUAGCCAUUCUAAAGAAACUGAUGCACCAAAACGGCAACCACAAGAAAAGGCCAAUCUUAAACCACCAGUGAAACCAUCAUUGUCCCAACAAGUUCCUGUCAAAGAGGAGCGAACCAAGAUAACACAUGUACAAGCUGAUUACAAGGAAAAGCCAGCCACACCAGGAGGAUCAAGUAUUAAGCCUUUUCUGGAGCGUUUUGGAGAGCGCUGCCAGGAAUAUAGUACACAGAGUCCUGUUAUCUCUGGAGGACACAAAACUCCGAUUAUCACUCCAAAUACCAAGACAAUCCAAGAAAGACUCUUUAGACAAAAUGAAGCAUCCACAACUGCCAGCAUAGCACAGCAGCUCAAACAGGAACGUGAAAAAGAACUUGCUUGCAUUCGAGGUCGGUUUGACAGGGGCAGCUUGUGGAGUGCUGGAAGAACAGGCGACUCUAAGAAGAAACACCCAGAAACAAAAUCGGAGGUUCAGUCCCAAGCUACUCCAAAGCAUCUUCCCAGUUCGGAUACCAGUUGCCAAUUAGCCAAAGAAAAGACUGCAGUACUUGAGACAGUAGCAGAAAGAAAGGCUACAAUACCUGAGAAAAUAGGAGAAAGCAUUUCUGCAGGCACUUCAGAAUUUGAAAAAGUAGAAGAACACAGUCCUUUGAAAAUUAUCUCACCAAAAAGUGCUGUAAAAUCAACAUCUAACUUAAAGCUUGAGCAACUUCCUGACAAACAAAACGAAAAAGAAGACAAAACUGAGGCGAAUGACGAGAUGAAUAGUUCAAAGGUGAUAAGUGACAUAUUUGAUGAACUUCAGGAGGAUGGACCUGAUAUAGAAAAGCUUAAAAAAGAGAUGACUAUGACCUUAGAAGCUGACAGUGAAGAUGAACAGGAAGAAACACUGAAUAUUUCAUCAAUGUCCCUCUUAACGCCCCUAACAGAGUCUGUUGCUGUUGUAAGUCCAGAGGUUUUUGUUUCCCCUAGUAAGUCAGUUGAUGAGAGGAGAAGUGCAAAUGAUAGUCCAAAUUCCAGUAUUUUGCAGAGAACAUCUAUGUGUAGAACUGAGUCUGGAAGUAGUUUCGGAUCCUUGUCAGAUGAACGCAAUCUUCCAUAUAGUAUUGAUGCCUAUCGGUCUCAGCGAUUCAAAGAAACUGAUCGUCCUUCAAUAAAGCAAAUAAUUGUUCGUAAAGAAGAUGUGUCGGCCCGGCUUGAGGAGAACAGGAAUGGAGCUUCUGAGCAAAUUAACAUUAAACGUAAAUUGCAGGAACUGAAUAAUGAAAUAAACCUUCAACAAACUGUCAUACAUCAAGCCAGUCAGGCUCUGAACUGCUGUAUUGAUGAGGAACAUGGGAAAGGAUCACAAGAAGAAGCAGAAGCUGAAAGACUACUUCUUAUUGCAACUGAAAAAAGAACAGCAUUGUUGGAAGAGCUGAACAGACUGAAAAAUGAAGGCCUUCAGAGUAAGAAGAAAGUUGAUCGUGUGCCUUGUGGCGUUUCUCCAUCCAGAGGACAUGUUACUCUGUCUGAAAUGCGCCUCCCCCUAAAACCAGACUUUGUAUGUGGUGCGGCUCAAAACUCAGAAACAGCAAACUACUACUACGUAAUCAUAUUAAAAGCAGGAGCAGAAAAUAUGGUUGCUACGCCAUUAGCAAGCAUUUCAAAUUCCCUGAAUGGUGAUGCUCUUUCUUUUACAACAACAUUUACACUGCAAGAUGUGUCCAGUGACUUUGAAAUAAAUAUUGAAGUGUAUAGUUUGGUGCAGAAGAAAGAAGCCACAGGUGCUGACAAAAGGAAAAAAUCCACUAAGUCAAAGGCAAUUACUCCAAAGAGAUUAUUGACAUCCAUUACUACUAAGAGUAAUCUGCUUGCACCAGCAAUGUCCAGUCCAGGAGGUCCAAAUGCAGUGCGCACUAGUAAUUUUGUUCUUGUUGGUUCACAUACGAUUUCACUGUCUUCAGUAGGGAGUACCAAAUUCCAGCUGGACAAGGUUCCUUUUUUAUCUCCUCUGGAAGGCCAUAUAUAUCUCAGGAUUAAAUGUCACAUAGAUUCUUGUGUGGAAGAGAGAGGCUUUUUGACUAUGUUUGAAGAUGUCAGUGGCUUUGGGGCUUGGCAUCGCCGCUGGUGUGCUCUUUCUGGAAAUUGUAUCUCUUAUUGGACAUACCCAGAUGAUGAAAAACGAAAACAUCCAUUAGGCUCAAUAAACCUCGCAAAUUGCACUAAUCGUCAUAUUGAACCAGCCAACAGAGAGUUCUGUGCCCGACCCAACACUUUUGAGUUAAUUACUGUCCGACCACAGAGAGAAGAUGACAAGGAAACACUGGUUAGCCAGUGCAAAGACACACUCUGUGUUACGAAGAACUGGUUAUCUGCCGAUACUAAAGAGGAGCGUAAUCUGUGGAUGAAAAAACUCAAUCAAGUUCUUGUUGACCUUCGCAUGUGGCAGCCAGAUGCUUGCUAUGUUCCUAUUGGAAAGCCUUGAAUUUUGGGGAGGAAUUCCCGCAAGAGCUUGCGUACAAAGUCAGAUGCACAUUAUGUUGCUCUUUUACUACAGACCUUCAGAGAAGUUCUUUUGGGAUUAUUCAUUACACUUCAUGCUUUAAAAUCUAGGAGGGUUAUAUGUACUACUGGACUCUUUGCUGCCUCUAGAGUUCUAACUCUUCUAGCAUUGGAACAUGUUAGGUAGCUGUUUUAAGCUCUUUCACUGUGCUAAAUAUUUUAUAUACAUACCUACAUACAUAUAUAUAAAAUACUUUUUCAAGUGUGUAGUUAAGUUUACUAUUAAAGUACCCAUUUUAUUAAUUAUCAAAGCUUUCUUUAUUUCAAGACUGAAGAAAUUAAGUAUGGGGACAAAGGAAAGGGAUCCUACUGAGAUUUAUCUGGACAUAUAUUUUUCUUAACAGGAAUGCCUUGACGUUUCUCAUUUCUAGUGUUGAGCUGAAGCAGGAACAUUGGUGUCCUGUGCAUAAAAAGGCAUUUUUUGGAAAUGAAAAUUGGCAUUUUAGAAAGCAUUUUUUGGUAUUUAAUGUUUUUGUACUUAGUAUUUGUCAAGCGUACCUGUUUAGCAUAAGGAUGACAUAGACCAGUCAUAGAUCCCAAUAGCAAAGAAAACAAUUGUUAACAAGAAAACAAAUUGGUGCAUGAUUUUGCACAUAAUAUGGAUUACAGGUAUGAGCAGUUAUGCUGUAAAUUGCACAUGUUCCAGAAUACAAGUAUCUGGAAUGUUUUCUUGAAGCUGCUUUAAAAAAAUAAAUGUUCACUAUUCCCUUC